CGGUCGUCUAGUGGUCCUAGUCCCCUGUUCAAAUAAGUCUUUCCUGCUUGGUCUUACCAUAAGUCGGUCCUUCGUCAAGUCUGCUGCGUCCAGUCUUAGAUAAUUAGUAGUCGGUUUAAUCUUUAUGACGUCUCGCUCACGUGAAAUCGAAUUCUCGAAGGAAAUUCAGACUACUCUGAAGACACGUAGUACAACGACUAGUUGCUUGAAUCUCAUGUCUCUAAGAAACCAAUCAAACAGCAUACCUCUUCUAAAAAAACCAAUCAAACAGUAGAGGAGCAGACUGAAAUAAACAGAUGUAAGCUGUACAGUUCAUUGGUUUGUUGUUUCUUUGUAAAAAGAUCUUGACUGGGAGGUACACCAUCAUCAUCAUCAUCCGCCUAUAAUUUUGAUUUUCAUUUUUCCACGUGUUUUUUACAAGCUCUUCAUCUUCUACCCUGCACAAACAUAUAAGCCAUGGCUGACCAACAAGAUUUGGAGGACCCUGAACAGGCUAACAGUCAGCCAAUACGCAAUUCUGCUUAAGGGUUGAAAUAUUUCAUUUUUACAGGCUAUUCAUCUCCCUUAAGAUUGCUCUUUAAGAAUGAAAUGUUUCAUCCUUUAAUCUUCACCUGGCGGCACAGACACAGACUCAGAGGACGAUGUGGAGGCGGGACUGCUGGAUGGCUCCACAGGAGCAGCUUUGCUGACAGAGGAUAUUGAGUUAUGACUUGGCUGUACUUCUUGGUUUUGGCACUAGUUCGCGGCGUGGAUUGAUUCUUCGCUGAGUGCUACUCCUACUUCUAAUGAUUAGAUGGUAUAAUUGAUCAUUUCUUCUUGUGGAAGCGUAGUUUCGAUUUUUGAUUUUUCUUGAGGUCUAAUAAUAUCGAUGACCCAUUGGGAGUUCUAUGCGAGCCGCAAGAAAAUUCCGUACGUAACGCUUGCCGACUACGGGCCACAGAAUGCUUUCUUUAUGGAAGGAAAUGAACAGGACAAGAAAAUAUAGUAGCAGUUUCAAAGUAGUUUCAAUCUAGAAAUGGUGGAACUCCGUGAUUUCCUGGGGGCGGAAAGAUUUACUUACUCAGUCAUUUUAUAGAGUUUCAUGAAGGUGGCACUGUUAAAACUUUUCAUAUUCUUGCACUUUCUAUGGAGCGGCAUGGUGCUCUUGGGGUUACGGUUUGUCCUCCCUCGCCUCGACAGAAAGUUCGAUUGCAGUUAUCUUUACGACUACUGGUGGUGCUUUUUAGCCUGGUUCGCAGUGAUGGGUAUCGGUUUGUCUCCAUACCUGGAUGUUAAGGCUCCAGUUUGUUAACUUCUAAGUUGCUGAAGAAUUAUUCGAGAAGAGGGAAAGAACAGAUCUUCAAGUCUGGAUCUCCUAAUUUCAGCACCAUGAAACCAGCGGCAUGCAUGGCGGUGAUGGUAAGCACGUGGUUUGUCUACUACAUCUUUGCGUGCGGUUUGCUCGCUAUGCGGGACUCGGUUAGCAAGUGCUUCAGGGAUCGCGCUGCUCUGUUAAAAUGGUGGGAGCUUACAUUGUGGACAGUUAAGGCCAGAGAUUCAUCUGUGUUAGUAUUCGAUGCACACAAGUAAAAACAAGCCGGUUAGUUUUUCCCUCGUAGUUUUGCUCGGUUCAUGAUCUUUACUAGGUGUAUCAUGAUGCUCCGUAUGAAACAAGAGCCACCCCGUAUUCGACGCAUAAGCGGAUCUGAAGUCCGCUUUUUCAAGUAUCAGAAGUUCUUGUCUUUGGUUUUUCAACUGUAAGAAGCAUAACAAGGAAGAAGGCGAGGACCUCAGCAAGAGGGAUCAUGCUUCUGGAAGAGAACAAAAUCGGAAGAUGCACACCCUACUAUCUACCCUCUAAGAUGACACUUGACUUAUACACGAUUUGAAUACCCCCACGUAAUAUAUGCUCUAAUACUACGUGGUUCGGCAUGGUGGUGUGCUACGUUGUACUAAACAAAGCCGAUUUCGGAGAGGUGGAGGCAUAUGUUUGGGGGUACUAGAUAUCGACUAUAGAGCUUUUUUCUAGUUAGGUUGGCUCCACCACUAUAUAGAGCAUUUUUUUCACAAAAAUGGAUACACUGACUCUGAUUUUUCCAGGCUUCUCCUAUAGGGUACGACAAGACCAUCCCCUAGAAGGAGAGUUUUACAAGGUUUUUCACGAUUGUAUUCGUUGUUGUGAGCAAAAUUUUAGUAGAGAUUAUUUUUUCUUGCCUCUUUGGACUUUUUCUCGCGAUCGUCCUCUGGGGUCGAGUCCCGCUAGCGACUUGGAAGAUCACACACGCGACACACGACAUGACAUUUUUCUUGCAUCACCAUUACAGACGCGGUGAUAAAGCGAGAGGAAAAGAGGCAGCGGCAAAAAUAGCGGGUUUCUGCUCGCAUCCAGCCACACUAGCUGCUGCUAUACUUCUGGUCCUUGUCUUAUGGAGGCAAAAAUAUUUAUAUUUUAAAGAGUAACUAGGUAGUGCAACAACUUACUAUUUGUAUUUUUUUCAGUAACUAGAUAUCAACAUCAACAGGGGGGGAAUCUUCGGCAAGCUGCCAAAUGGAUUCGAAUCGUCAUUAGCUAGCACUCGGGUCGCUAUUGAAUCAGGCAGCUUAGAAGGAGGAAGGACGCAGGAGGAAGGAAUUAAGGAAGCAGGAGGAAGGAAUUAGGGACGCAGGUAAGAAGGAGGAUGGAAGGAGGCUGCAGGCAAGGAAGGUAGCAGGAAUUAAUGAAGCAGGAAGAAGGAGGAAUGAAGGAAGCAGGGGGAAUGAGUUAGUGUCUUAGCGGUAUUCCAGGGAGGGUGCAGGCUUCUUCUAGUAUUCUAGUGUCUUUGAUUUUAUACAUUGAUUGACUUGUUUGCUGAUCACGUAUUUGCUUGAUAAUCCAUUUUCAAUCUAACAGAGAGCUAAAUAGCAUCAGGAUGGCAAUUCUUGGCCGACGUCAGUGGCAUGGGUUUCUUCAUGUAUCUGUGCGGAUUCAUUUUGAUUAAUUUCGCGCUUGGGUUGGACGUUCUAGCUUGCGUGUGGCUGAUUAACGCAUAUAACUUUUUCGGGUGCAGUAGGUCUUGCGCCUUAUCGAGUUCUGCAGCUAAUUACUUUGCUAUUUCUAGAUAGUAGCUAGUUGUGAGUCGCUAUGUGCCUCGGGGGCCCCUUAAUUUCUUGUGCUGCUUCAAUCCGUUCCGGUGUAAAAACAGACGGAAGAGCCGGCGAAACGUUUCCGGAAGCUUCUUACUUUCUAGAUCAGUAGAGUUGUCUAAUGAACUUGCUCGGUAAUGUCUUGGUCAAUUGGAUCCUCGUGUAUUUUGGCUCGGUGUUUUUCCUUCCCGUUCACUACCAAAGUCGUUUAUUAUUAUAUGCGAUCUUCUCUCCAUCCAGAUUUCAUUUUCGCCUAUGCGUCUUUGAGAUGUUUGUUCGCUCCUGCUCUAACUUUCGGCAGUAUCGGGAGAAUGUGGGCGGCAUACCUUUCCGGUGUGAAUAAUUACCACUUGUUAUGAUAAAUGUUGCCAGCAACUAUCCUCGAAGAGCUGUCCUGAUGUUGAUCAAGGAUAAGUACUGGGAGUAAGAUGAGAAUAGUACCAUGAGAGGUGUUCCAACCUAGUAUCAUAAUGGUAGGUGGAUAGGUGCUACGUCCUGAGUAAUGAUAAUAUCAGGAUUGGAAGGACAAGACAUCAUCCCAUUGGUAAUAAUCCUUUCUCCUCGUCUACUUCUCUUCCUUUUUCUUCAUACAAUUACGAUAUGAUCCUGGAUCGUCCGAAUGAGCGGUUUGUCGCUAGCAGUCUAUAUGCUUGUAUCGGGUCGCCUACUUACGUGUUAGGCUACGUAGAUGGCUACGGACUUGCGCUUCUCGCUGGGUGGCGACAAUUUUAUGAAGAAACCACGAUUAUUUUGUGUGUUUGCUUCACCUGAGAUGGUGCCAUACUUACCGUCCAGUCGUGUAUAAUAUUUGCUUUCAUCGAAGACGAGAAGGCAGUGACAUGAUGGUUGAAAACAAAUCAUAUUACCAGUUACUCAUGGUUUUCGUCUUGAAGAAAUUUUUAGUACUUGAAAAAAUGAUUGCUACUCCCCACCGAUCCCUCUUUCAACUGCCUCACCUCCCUCACCGCUUGUAACUCCCCACUGCUACACACAGGCUGUAACUCCCCAUCCUACAGGUUUCAAGGUCUCCUUCACAUAACGGGCUUCAACUCCCUCCCCCACAGCUUCCCCUCCUUCAUAUAGCGGGUUCUCCGACGUUGAUCUUUGUGUACACAUUGGCUUGCCACAUCUCCAUCAUGGUGAUGAACGGGCUGGUCGAGCAACCGUUUGUGAGGGAAAUGUACCUGAGCGAGAAAGACGGCACCAAGCAGGAUUCUAUUAUGAGAACAAGAAAAGGGUAUCCCCCUCCCGCUAACCCGAUGAGCACUACUGACGUAAGGAGAACCCACAAAUGACGCGGGCUCUAUUGAGCGGGAACGUUGGUGAACUGCAACGUGCUACAUAUAUACAUACACACAUACAUACAUACAUACAUACAGACAUACAUACAUACACACAUACACACAUGCAUACACCGAACAACAAGCUAGACUAGCGGGUAGAAGUCGCCAGGGAAAUAUUAGGCAGAUUGCCGAGUAGAUUGGCAUCGUCAUGAGAAGAAGGCCACUCUCGACUAGAGGCAAAGCCGAAAAAGAGUAACGUGAGAAAAACGGUAGAUAUAAUAUGAGGAAGGAGGUACGGAUAUUACAAUGUUAAGAAUGCUG